AAUUUCCAAAUUCUUGAGGAAUUAUUACAGUAAUACUAAUUGAAAGGGAAUGGCUGUUAGUGUUGGUGAGCCCAUACUCCUAAUAGAUCCGUCGCAGAACUAUAGGCCCGACUACAAAGAUGUCGAGGAAUACCGGAUUUAUAAUAACAAUCAGGACGACGAGAUGCAGAAAAUGAUUUACGAAACCUAUCGGCAAAUGCAUAGCAAACAGUCGGUCGACUUCGUGAGGGACCGGAUGUCUCAUUGGACUCAAUUCAAUACAAUAGAGUUGCCAAUCAUGGAGGCCUUGGAUAAGCUGAACAACUUUGUGGACGAAAGUGAUCCGGAUAUAAGUCUACCCAAUUUGGUGCACGCAUUUCAGACGGCGGAAGACAUACGCAAAGCGCACCCGGAUUUGGAUUGGUUUCACUUGACGGGUCUGAUCCACGACUUGGGAAAAGUUAUGGCCAUUUAUGGUGAACCCCAGUGGGCAGUGGUGGGCGACACCUUUCCCGUCGGGUGUGCCUACGGAGACAGUAAUGUCUAUAAGGAGUUGUUUGACGAGAAUCCCGACGCAAAGAAUCCCAAAUAUAAUACUAAAUACGGAAUGUAUGCCAAGAAUUGUGGCUUAGAUCAGGUGCUCAUGAGUUGGGGUCACGACGAGUACAUGUAUCGGGUGCUCAAGAAUCACAAGACUUGUACCCUUCCAGAGGAGGCCCUCUAUAUGAUCCGUUUCCACUCGUUUUAUCCGUGGCAUAAGGGAGGGGACUAUUACCACCUGUGCUCUCAUAAGGACCUCAAAAUGUUGGACUGGAUUCGAGAGUUCAAUAAAUUUGAUCUCUACUCCAAGAGCCCAGAAUUGCCUGAUAUUAAGACCUUGAUACCUUAUUAUCAGUCACUCAUUGAUAAAUAUAUACCAGGCAUAGUUAAGUUUUAAUGAUCAUAGG